AUUCAAAAGAAUGCGUCAGCGGUCAGUCACUCACACCGAGACGAUGACAGAACCGCUCGAAGAAAUAUCUCGAGAAUCAGACAUUCGUUACGCCUAUGGUCUCUAUGAAAUCAUCUACCAAAUCAUGGGGCUUUGGCCUGCCACAUGUCAAACAGUCGGCGCAUGGUUUCUCACAAUUUUUGUCUGCAUAGCUCAGAUAACAAUGAUAUUUUUCGUGAUUGGAGAAGCAGUUAUUUCCACAUCUCAACUUGAUCUCCAACUUCUGUCCUACGUAUCAUGUAAUUUUCUGUCCUUCGUGAAGAUUAUCGUGAUUCGGGCGAACUGGUGCAACAUGCACUCCGUCAUCGACGACCUGACAAGUGCCUGGAAGACCAUCAGCGAGCCCCAGGUCCUGAAGAUCAUGAAGGCUCGAGCUAAAUUGGGAAGAAAAAUAUGCAUUUACCAAAUGAGUACAACUUACUUCGUUUGCCUGCCAUCAAUCAUAAUGACAUUACCACCAUUUUUGCCAGCUGUCAAUGACACGAUGAACUCCACAGUCUCAGUAGUGAGAUCCUAUCCACUUCAGACAUCCCAGAUGUUCGCUGGUUUAUCAACGGGACCGUACGUCAUCAUGUUCGUCUACCAAAUUAUUCAGAUCUAUCUCACCAGCACAGCGAACAUGGGAAAUGACGUUUGCUUCUUCGGUAUUGCCAUCAAUUUGACAGCUCAGUUUGAGUGUUUAUCGGUCACUUGUGAGGGCAUUGACGAACGUCGAAACGCGUCCAGGGAAAGUGGUUUCUCCGCGGUCAUCAGGAGACAAAUCGAGCUGAUUGAUCUCGCUAAAAAAUUGGAAGGAACUUUCAAUGUUAUUAUACUAUGCAUUAUAUCUACAAAUUGUAUUCAAAUUUGUCUAUAUGGUAUUUUACUUAUUAGAAGUGCAAGAAUCGGUGAUUUUGUCGUUGUCAUCAACGCCGCCAUCUGCGUGAUAGUAUUGGGUUUCCAGAUAUUUCUGUACUGCUACGCUGGUGACAGCUUGUCAAGGGCCAUUGAAAACGUGGGCACAACAGCAUAUAAUUGUCUCUGGUAUGAAAUGUCUCCGAAGAGUAAGACAGUUGUGCUUUUCAUCCUCUUACGUACCUCUAGAAUUUUCAGUUUGACAGCGGGAAAAAUGUAUCGCAUGGAUUUGGACAGUUUCAAGAACAUCGUCAAAGCCAUUGGAUCGUAUUUCUCGGUCAUGCAGGCUAUGUUCGAGGAAUAG